GCAAAUCAUUGGCUACCUUAUGAACAAAUCGAUGGCGGUCCCCAUCGCUGCUGACGUCAAACCCACUCCGGCUAAGGCGAAACGCACAGACGUCUGAGUCCAAAAAUUUAGGAGGUAGCCGCGAAUCACGGGAGCUGCGAACACAUGCAAGAAGAACCCAGGAGUAGCUGCGUAAAAUAGCAAAACGGUCACCGAAAAACAGCUACUCCAGCGAAGCAAGGGAGCGCGGCUCCUUUCAGGAAUGGGAAACACUUCUCUUUGAAACCUUUUUUUUUGUACGAAUUUCACGUCUCCGACCUGGACGGAACCACUUUGUAAUAGAGGUUCGGCUUUAAUGUUCACUCAUCUGGAGCGAACGUUUUUCUUCCGUGUCACAGCCAAAUCUGCUGUCUGCCCAUGACGAACAACGACUCCCAGAUUGACUGGGUGGAGGGCACAGAAGAUACCGAGCCCUCCCUCGACCUGUCACUGUCCCCAGACGAAUUCCCAGCUCUCAACCCCUGGGAUGUGGUGCUCUGCGUGUCUGGCACGCUCAUCUCCUGCGAGAAUGCUGUGGUGGUGGCGACCAUCUUCUACACACCAACGCUGCGCGCACCCACCUUCAUGCUCAUUGGCAGCCUGGCCACAGCGGACCUCCUGGCCGGCCUGGGCCUCAUCCUGCACUUCCUGUUUCGUUACUGUGUGCCCUCAGAUAGCGUGCAGCUAGCCACCGUAGGGCUACUGGUGACCUCGUUCAGCGCCUCCGUCUGCAGCCUCCUAGCCAUAACGGUGGAUCGCUACCUAUCACUGCGGAACGCGCUCACCUACUGCUCGGAGCACACUGUGACGCGCACUCGCCUCAUGCUGCUUUUGACAUGGGCCGGCUCUGCCCUGCUCGGUCUGCUGCCUGCCAUGGGCUGGAACUGCCUGCAGGGGGCGUCUGCGUGUGGCGUGGUGUGGCCGCUGGCACGCGCCCACCUGGCGCUGCUCUCCGGGGCAUUCCUGGUGGCGUUCGCUCUCAUGCUGCAGCUGUACGCCCGCAUCUGCCGGGUGGUGUGCCGCCAUGCCCACCAGAUCGCCCUCCAACGUCACUUCCUGCCCCCAUCAUCCUCCUCGCACUACGUCACCACGCGGCGCGGGGUCUCCACACUGGCCCUCAUCCUAGGCGUCUUCACCAGCUGCUGGCUGCCCUUUGCCGUUUACAGCCUGUUGGGCGACGCCUCCUAUCCGCCCCUCUACACCUACGCCACCCUGCUGCCGGCCACAUACAACUCGCUGCUCAACCCGCUCAUCUACGCCUUCCGGAACCAGGAGAUCCAGAAGGUUCUCCUGGCCGCCUGCUGCGGCUGCUUUUCGAACCGGCUUCCAUGCCACGAUCACGCUCCCAGUGACGUGUAGCGGCGUGUUGGAUCAGGACCAAAGACACUCCAACGCAUCUGGCUGACCUCUCACCGCUGGGGAGACAGGCGGGAGAGGGGCCAGUGGCAGAGGCCGAUUCCAGGGCCACUAGCACCUAUGUUGUGCAACUGUGGUCAUCCUUUAGUUUUUUGUGAUUCUAUGUGAAUUUAUCAGCACUUUGCACACAGCAUGCACCCUGAGCUCAGACCAAUCAUUCAAAGACAGAGAACUCACCAAGACAUGUGCCAACGCCAGAACCUCUCCAGAAACACUAGAAUUGUAAAAAAAAAAAAAAAGAUUAUUUUAUUUUCUUGUUACAAAUAUGGAUAAAGUGACGUUUCAUUUUAUACUUCAUUUUAAACGAUUGUCCUGAAAAGUUAGGGCAAAAAGUGGUGCUGAAAUCGAUUGGAUACGCUGCGCUCCCCCUAGCUGGGCCAAGCCGCUCAGAACCAGCCUCGUUCCCCGUUGAAUGUGAAGAUCUUGGCUAAAUACACCACUUUGGAAAUUUGAUUUACAUUCUCUAGCUAUAAACUAGAACUUCCUUAACGCCAAUGUGAUUGUAAUUUAAUACGUUAAAUAAGUUAAGUGAUGUUAAAUUGAAUUUAUGCAAUGGAAAAGUAAAAAAAAAAAAAAAAAAAAAACGUUUUCUGGAAACCAGUAGCGAUAAAUAGAUUAAUUUGGAGCGCGUUUCUGGCAUAAUGACGCCCCCUCCUGGUCAGAAACUAUUCAUGCGGUGAUAAGCUGAAUGCGUGACAGUAAAAUGAAACGGUUGGUAAAAUGUGACCGAAACACAUCCGUUAACGAUAAAGCGUCGUUUCCUUCUCUUUCCCCGUAAUAAAUAAAUAAAUAUAUAUACACACACGCGUAUCAAAGUAUGCGCUUGUAUUUUACGGAGAAAGAGAAGGAAACGCAUUCAGCUUAUCACUUAUAUAUAUAUAUAUUAUACACACACAAAUGGAGGGGGGGAGCACACAGGUUGUUGGCUUUAAACUCGUGCCUCAUUUUGAAGUCAAACCCUGAUAUUCAGAGGUUGUCCUAUAUAUGUAAAAUCAUUUGCACUAUACUUUGAAAUGCAUAUCAUUUGUCGUCGAAAUGUAUAAAUCUGCAACAAAUCAUUUAAAAAGUGGCCAAAACAUUAUUUUUGUUUAUCUUUCAAGACGCGUUUGCACAGCAUAGACUGUAAGCCACUGUGUCAAACGUACAAAGCCGAAGGUCGUGUCUAGUCUGUGUCGCACAAUGUAAUGACCUGUCCAAACGGAAGCAUUUUAGAUGGGAAUGUAUAAUUGUUUACAUCAGAAAAUAAAACAUUUUUAUGGAAAUAACACUUGUACUUAUUUCUGCA